GACCUCGGGAUCUCUAGGGGGGGAAGUCCUGCGCUAAAGCUGCGUAAGCAGAUCAGCUGUCGGGUCGGAGCGAUAAGUUCACCUGGUCCGGUAGUUAUAAGAUUUGUGGGUGUCGCAAAGGACUUCGCUCCGUGUGUGAGAUUGAGACGAGGGACAUUGUGCGCUGCGCGCGACUAUGGCAUUCGAGUCGGACAGUGACCAUGACAAUGGCAUCGCCGCGAGCGAAAAGAACGUUAACAAUGAGGUCUCCGAUGCGCCGAACGGGAUUGUCAAGGACUGGGAUGCAGAGGAGGGACCAUUACGGCGGAAAAUCGACUGCAUCCUCCUUCCUAUCCUCGGAAUCGCGUUCUUCUCCCUCCAGCUUGAUCGCAUGAACAUCAGCGCCGUCCUGACAUCGACAAUCACCGAUGAUCUAGGCAUCACGACAAAUCAGGUUAACGUUGGAUCGCAAUUGCUCUCAGCCGGAAUCGUCGUGACGGAAAUACCAUCGAAUAUCGUCCUUCAAUGGCUGGGUCCGCGGAGAUGGUUAUCGCUACAAUUGUUCGCGUGGGGACUGGUCGCGACGUUCCAGGCGUUUGUGCAGUCGUACCCGGCGUAUUUGGCCACGAGGUUGCUUUUGGGAAUGCUGGAGGGUGGCUUUAUACCUGGCGCGCUUUAUUAUAUGUCAACGUGGUAUAAACGCGACGAGACGAGUUUCCGGACCACGCUUUUCUUUUUCGGGCAAAUGUUCGCUGGGGCUACUGCGAGUUUGAUAUCCGCUGGUUUGUUGACCCUUGAUGGGAAGGGGGGGUUAGCGGGUUGGCGAUGGGUGUGGUUGGUUGAAGGACUCAUCACCAUUUUCGCCGGUGUCAUUUUCACCCUCCUCAUUCCUCCCAAGGCCGGAGACGGCAAACCACUACUCAGCAUGGGCCGCUGGACCUACUUCACCGAGCGCGAAUCACAAAUCAUCCGUGACCGUGUCAUCCUUGACGAUCCGCUAAAAGCACAGGGCCAUAUCAAAAUCACCGGCCGCGAUAUCUGGGAUACAAUGCGGAAACCAAACGUCAUUCAGCAUUUUAUGGUCUCGCUCGUCGCCAUGUCCGCGUACCAGGGUUUGACGCACUACACGCCUAGUAUGAUCAAAUCGUUCGGUUUUGACAGCGUGGAUGCGAAUGCGCUAGCUUCGGUACCGGUGUAUUGCAGUAUGGUCUGGACAUUGGUAUUGGCGUAUCUAUCUGACUGGCUUGGCCAUCGCGGUCCAUUCGUGUUGCUAGCUAUUACGUGGAAUGUUAUUGCAUAUCCGUGUUUGCGGAUGACGCCGUGGGAUUCGUCGCAGUGGCAUAGAUACGGCGUUAUUUGUGUGGCUAAUGUAGCCUACAUCAGCAUGCACAUCCUAAACGUCGGCUGGCUGUCUGUCUACUGCGAACGUCCUCAGGAACGGAGUGUCGCUAUGGCUGUAAUCGUCAUGGCUGCCAAUUGCGCUGGUAUCUCCGGCUCCCAGAUCUUCCGCACAAGCGACAAGCCGCGAUAUAUCCAUGGCUUAACGGCGAUUUGUGCAUUGGCAGGAGCGGCGUGGGUGCUUGCGGCGGCGUUGAAUUUGCAUUAUUUUGUUAGGAGACGGAAGACGAGUUGAUUUGGAUGAGUUGUGUACAGGGAUAUAGUCCAAUAUAUUUGAUACCCGAGUCGCUUUUGAGCAUAGGAAUAUAAUAAACAAGGGCUUCCGUCGUUGCUUUCCCCGUUUGCUUUGACUGCUG